AUGCCUCCGAAGCCUCGGGCCAAACAGAAUCGCAAGCCAGCACAACGGAAGCCCAAGCCAGGCAUCAAUGGUUUGCCGUUGGCAGUUGAUCCAAGCGUUGUAUAUACGGCUACUGCCGCUAAUAAUGCAGCCACCUCUGCCAUGCCUCCGCCAUUGCACGCUCCCGUCCCUGGCUCCAUGUCGGUGCCAGUCUCAGAUACACAAAUGGCACAUGAGCAUGUAGACCUGCAUACUACAUUGCCCCUUACUUCUUCUCAUGGCGCGUCGUCUGGACUGCCCUCUCCAUCUCUCACAGAUGAAGCAAGUUCAGCAACCACUCAUGCUCAAGCCGUAUCAUACUGCCAACUCGCAGAAGCAGCAAUGGCGUUUCACCCAGUUCAUGAAAACACGACCAAUCAGGCCAUGAGUGGUCAAAACGGCCCUGCCAUUUGGCAGAGACCAGUUCAAGAAUCGAACCAGCCAACGACAGAAGCAACUCAUCUGCACGAGGCCAUGUUGCAGGCCAUUUCAGUGCUACGACAGCGAGUCGCUGAAUUCAGUGGUGAAAAUCCAUGUCCAGUCAACAACUCCGAGAGGGAUCGAUAUGGCAAUCUGGUCGCCGCCAGUAACGAAUACGACGUCUUUUUUCUCAUUCUUCACCAGCAGUACUGUUGUUGGUUGAUAGACAAGAAGAUAUCAUAUGAGAAUUUGCAGCCCGUUCCCCCCGAGCUCGUGGACGUAACCUUUAAUGAGUUCGGAUUCUAUGCCGUGUUCGGCGAUGAUAGACACAUCACUUACCCUCAUUGGCUAUGGUACUCCAAAUUCCCUGGGUUUGUUAAUGUUAAUGUCGGCCUUGACCGGGAGUUUAAGCAGGUCAGGGACUUCGUCACCGCGUUUGGCAUGAACUGGCCGGAAAUGAAAAAAGGCCUUUUGUCUCAGAUGGUGCCGCUGAUGGCGUAUCAAAUCCGUGAUGGCCUCAGAUGUGCGUCCAAUUUCAUUGCCGUUACACUGUUUACGCGCAUCCGUAGAGCAAUCGGAGUUGUGGAUUGUCCACUGACAGCCCGAUUUAACUUGAUCUUUAACAUGGACAUGAAGCAGGAAGCCUCCUUUGAACAGCAUAACGCCUCCCCAAUGGAGAAGAACAUAGCUCGCAGUGCCGUUAUGGCGAGCUACAUGGAGCUCGUGCAACAGAUUCGAGAGGGGGCCCGUCGGCCAGUAUCGGCUGCGCCAGCUGCCAAUCCAUCGGCCGGGAUGCUGGCACCUGGGCUUCCUGUAGCCAACCACGCCAGCGUCAACAGAGACCAAAGCACAAACACAAACAGGCCAGACAUGCCGCCUCGUCAGCAGCAGCAGCAGCAGCAGCAGAAUCUUUCUCAACUUCCACAAGGCCCUCCUCAAAGCCAAGCGCAUGCUGCCAUGAGCCAUCAACCUCAUGCCCCCCCUCCACAGCCCUUUCAACGCCGACGCCGGCCACUUGACAACCCUCAGCCUAUCCUUUUACCUGCGAUUCAACCGCCGGCUCAGCCCACGGCAAGUUUCCAAA